CACGCCUGUCAUGCUUGUACUGUCAAAUGUGACUGAUCGCGGGCUGCUGUCACUUAAGUACAUCUCACGGAGUGAUGAUUACCCCCAGAACUGUGGGGUCCGACGUGCGAGGGAGAGGAGUGGAUGUCGGACCCCACAGUUCUAAGGGGCACACAUUGCAUAACUAAUCACAGCAUGAGUGAUCUGGGCUUAAGUUAACCAAUUAACAUCUAACUAGACUAUCAGAAUGCCCACGCCCCACAUCCGAACCAUGACCUACCUGGUCAUGUCAGGCUGGAUCCUGGCCAGUAUUGGACUCAGCAACAUCAACAAGUGGCUCUUCAACGAGGAGCGUUUCAGCUACCCGGUGUUCCUCACCACACUUCACAUGCUCUCGGCCUGCCUCUUCGGCUCAGUGGUGCUCCGCUACACCCCCUUGGGGGCGGCCUUCGGGGAGGGCAAUGCCCGACUGCAGCUCCCACCCGGGUUGACCCUCAGGAUCCUGGUGCUGAGCGUGGUCUUCACUUCAGCCGUCACCCUGGGCAACAUUGCCCUCCGUCACCUCUACAUCUCUUUCCUGAAGAUGGUCUUUGCUUUGUCGCCGCUGGUGACUGUCCUCCUCUCCAGGGCCCUCUUUCAGCGACCAGUCAAUAACUAUGUUUACAUGUCCAUGGUGCCUCUGUGCUUCGGCAGCAUGUUGUGCAUUACGGGAGAAGUCAACUUCAAUGUUUAUGGCUUUUUAGCAGCAGUUGGGGCUACCAUACUGAGAGCGCUGAAAAGUUUAUUGCAAGGUGUUCUCCUCAAGGAGCAACGCAUCGAUUCCAUCCGCCUCCUCUACCACAUGUCCAUUCCCAGCUCUGCCAUGCUCCUAGUGGCCACCCUGUUCCUGGAGCCCACUGCCCUUUCCCCUUCCUCCUUUUCCACCUCAACUGCUGCCCCAUCUCCGGUAGCAACAGCCUCGGGGAUCCCCUGGUGGCCGGCCAUCGUGACCCUCCGUCUCCCGGCCCUGCUCCUCAUGAGCUGCCUGUGCGCUGUGGGCUACAACCUGAUGACAUUCCUGGUCACCUUCUACACCUCGCCGGUGGCCCUGCAGGUGCUAGGCAAUGCAGCCGUGGUGCUUGACGUGGCUGUCUCUCUGGUGGUCUUCCGCAAUCAAGUGUCCUGGCUCAGCCUUGGGGGCAUCCUGUGCGUCAUGCUGGGCACUGUCAUGUACCAGGAGGCAGGGUCAGUCAAGUGGCACAACCCAAACUUUUGGGUUUUGGUGCAAGACUUCUUCCGCCGCAAAGAAAAGUCUUGGAGAGUUUGUAUAAGUAUGAGUGACACCCCAUGUCCUUAUACAAGAGGUAGUGUGCUAGAGAGGACGGAGAAAGUUUAUCAGCAGAAAAGAAAACUUUUUCAUUGUAUUCAGUAAAAAUGAAACAAAACAGUAUUAUUUGUCCAACAUCAUGUAAAACAUUUUUGUUAAGCUGGGAAAUUGUGAAGAGGAAAAUUGAGAUGAAGACCUUUCCAUUGCAGAUUCAAAACUGUCUACACAGUGCAAGUUAUGCCAAUCGUGUGUAUUCCUUAAAGUGUUGAGAUAUGUGAAAAAUUAGAAAAUUCAAAAAUUGUAUGUACUGUGGUAUAAAUAAGCUCAAUUCCCGGGAACCUUUAAGCACAAAGAUUUCCUAAAUGCCAAAAAGUUUUGACCCAAAAGUUUUUGACGGGUCAAUCAAAAUGUAAUGCGCUGUGCCUUGCCUGCGACUAGGUUCUAGUGAAACUCAUGCGUUAUCAUGUUCACCUGUUAAGCAGGUUUGGUGAACCGUCCAGUGAAUAUCCUUUGCCUUCAGCCCUCAAAUUGAACCUGAAUGGCCCCUAGUGAGAAUAGCUACCAUGGUAUGAGUGCAGUAUUAAGAUAAUAUUUAUGAAAUACCAAAGUAAUAUUUCAUUGACCUUGGCACAGAGAUGUGCUCGCAGUUCGUUGUGUGCCCAGCAAAAGGUCAUAAGCGCACUUACACCCUUUUGCCCAGAAGCAUGAUUACAGUAGAAAAAAUUUUCAGGUAAAAGGACGUAAGCAACACACUCUCUUUAUUUGGUAAAAACGGAUAAAAUUUACUACAAAAUCAACACAGGCUGUGCAAAAAGCAACCUUUGAACAACUUAUCACAUGACUUGGGAAAUGCUUUUGGAACUAUUUGCAAAGAAAUCUUUAUAUUUCAUUAAAAUAAAACAGUUGCAUACAUACAAUACGUCCUUUUACCGGGAAAAUUGUUUGAAGCGAUUAUGCUUCCCGGCAAAAGGUCAUAAGUGCUUACAGCCUUCUUCCUGGCACCCGACGAGUUAUGGGAUACUUUAAGUUGUAUUCUUGUUUGAAAAUGUCUGUGCCAUUCAAAUGGUCAAUACAUCGUGUAAAGUAAAUGUAUUCAACAUUGUUAAGUUGACCUACAAAAUGCAGUAUUCCAUGUUUUCCUUGAAAGGUAUUGUUAGACAUGUGCGUCAAUCUUUUAAUCUGUAAGAUAAUCAAUGUCAUUUUAUCUCUAAGGUUAUUUUUAUGAUCAAGAAGCCAUGUUCCAAUUAAUUGUUUUGAGGCAGUGGCUCAGAUUUGACAUUGGUACAAUGAAGUGAAUAUCCGUAGCCAUUAACAGUAGUUGCCAUUACAGGUGAGGCUUACAUGGACAGUGUACAUGUACUUUAACUGGUCCUCAUUCUGCAGUGGAAAAGGCAUCACUUUUACCAUUAGCCUGAAAUGAUGGAAGUACGGUACAUGUGCAUAUACUGUAUGCUUUGAACGCAUUUUUCUGAGUUUCCGGGGGGGGGGAUCAAUCAUUCAGUUUCACCUUAAAUGUUUUUGAAUCGGUCCAAACACAGUUUUCCAAUGAGAUACAAAAGUAAUAAUUAUUAUACAAUACCUGCAUAAAUGCCUGUCAUCUGAUUGGUGGAUCGUUGAUCACGUGUCAUUGAAUUAUUUUUUCCAUUCAGUGGAACACAUUUGAUAGAACUUCAUCUCAUUUUACUGCUUAGUUUCCACCCCUUUUCAUAGACACGUAUCUCGUUCCCAGUAAGGAAGAAAAAAAUAAUGUAGGGACAGAAGCAAGUCUAACAUUGCAAGACACUACCAGUGAGUGGACAGCGCUUCAUUCAUGUCAGGCACUAAUCUGUUUUGCAAAACGAUGGACAUUAAUAGGCGGGUUGGACCUAUUUGUUCUUCUAACAGAGGAGGACUUAUGCUGGUUUGUAGAAAACAAACCGUGUAGUGGUAAGAAAGGUGACAGAUGAAAUCUUUGGUUUUCAAUUGGAACCUCGUGGAACUGAGCAUUUCAUCAGUCACUUCAUGAAAUUAUUCUUACCAUUUCAGUCAUAAACAUUAUUUGUAGAAUAAAGGUAAUUACAAAAAUAAAAAAAAUCUUUGCCAUCUUAAAACAUUUUAAUAAUGAGUCUAAAACAGUAAUGAUUUAAAAAGGCCUGAAAUGAAUCAUAAUAAUCAUAAGAGCUAAUAAUGUACAAAAAUGUUAAGGUGAAGGCACAAUCACCGUGCUUAAACUUGACUGCGACUUUAUGAAAUAAGAUUACGUGAAAUGCAAUACAUGUCACUGCGAACAUCUAACAAAAGAAACACAGUGCACUUAUCGCACCUUGCUUCUUUUGUUAGAUGUCGAUAGUGUGUGCCGUGUGUGUAGCGAAUUAUUGUUUUCAUUACCAGCAAUGGCCGUUACAGUUCAGCUUCAAUGCAGGGUCAGGGGAGUGCCAUGCAGAGCAAAAAAUGUUAAGACACGCAAAACAGGUUACCAACCAAAAUUCCAUGCAGUGUUACACUUCUUGUGGCUGGUGACCAGCUUUACUGUUGCUUUGGCAACACAUUAAGCAAUCCUGCUUGACAGCUCUUUUUGGCAUAGUGGCUAGAGAUACGGUAUUUAGGAAAAAUUGGGUUGACUUAAUUUUCGGUCAAAUAUUGUCAUGAACAAAAGUAAAGGUAGAUUUAAAAUGUAAGGUCCGUAUGUUCAUGGCUUACGCACAUGCUGUGUGUACUGUUGAGUGACCAACAGAUGAUAUUCAUUUGAAAAUGGUAGUAAGAAUUUCAAAAUUUAAAAAAAAAAACUGAUGCAGUACUUGAGCCUGAAGGGUAUUUUUAAUUAAGUUAGUGAUGAAUAUUUUAUGUGUAAAUAGAUAAUUAUUUGAGGUUGUACAUAUUUUGUUCUUAUUUAAGGUAUGUAUUUUAUUCUGAAGAGUGUAAUGCCACAUUAACAGAAAAAAUGAAGUGGAGUGCAGGUGGAUUAAUUUAUUCAUCAGGUGAAUGAUACCUCUUUGGUGGCAUACAUGUACACUUUGUUCUAGCUUGAAAUUCCGAGACGGGCCACUCAAAUGUUCAGGUGGAGACACUUUGGACUCUUUUGAACCCAGACUUCAAAGAUUCUCACAAGAUAGCUUUAAGCAACUUACCUAGUAAUGGCACUUUCCUGUUGCAAGCGAAGUGUAUACAGUGUGCAUCAUUUUGUUUAUAGUACAUGUAGCUCCAUGCAGAGGGUGGACAACUGUUAACCCGGACCUAGUUUUAUUAGCGUUGCUUUUGUGUGGUUAGCAGUAGAAAUAGUUGUGUUACCUCUAGUGGACGGAUUGUACUAACCUGACUGAACCAUAUUCCGUGGUACGCAUGAACAGAUGUUAAUAUAUUGGCUGUACAAGGACUGUUGUGAUAUCACUUGAGGUUGGCAUGCUUUUUCUGUGUUUACUGCUUAUAGUUAUUGCUGUAAGGAUGUUAUUACAUCCUUCCAUACAGUGAGUUUCGAUGAACUCUGGCUCAAUGUCUCCAUACACAAGAAGGCCCCCUCACAAUAAAAACAAGGCAAUAUGCAGGCAUAUUGUUCUAAAUAACUGGCCUUAGACAGAGUUACUGGUUAGAAAAAGUAUCACAAGUAAAAUAUUGUCGGGAAGCUUUUCUGUUGCAAGCAACUGUAAGAAUGUGUACCUUUCUUUUGAAUGCAUUUUUAUACUUAAGUGUCUUUUCAUUUAUAUAUAUUUUACUUUGCAUUAAUUACGGUUUUCCGUUACUGCGUCUGAGUUCUUUCAUUUUUUUACCGUUGCUUUUUAUGUUUUAGGCUUUUGCAGUCUAUAUAUUCACCGAAUCAUAUUAUGGAGGAAGCAAAGUCUGUUAUGGAAAUAAAUGGAUGUUUUGGACGUGUCUUAA